AUGUUCUCCUACGCUUUAUCCACAGCCAGUACCUACUUUCACUUACCUGUGGAUGAAGAAGAAGAUAGAGACAUUGAAAACUACGAACGAAAAUAUUUGACAUGGACAGCGGAGCCUUCAGGCCUACCGGUCACCGAUAAAUCAUAUCCGACCUUGCACUCUGCAGACCCCGGUCGCGACGACACGCUCAAGGAAGUCUUGAAGAACGAUGACCUAUACAAAGUCUUGGGCAUUGCCAAGGCAGCCAACCUCGAUAAGGUGGCCCUUCGUCGCGCUUAUCUCUCUCGCAGUCGUGCAUGCCAUCCAGAUAAAUUCCCUUCGGAAGCCAACGCCACCCUUGCUUUUCAGAAAGUGGCUGUGGCAUAUGAUAUUCUCAGCAAACCUUCCUCAAAACGCUUAUAUGAUUCACGUCCUCCCUCAUCUACCUACGACGUAUUCUCUGCACAUCCUGCUGGACAUGCGGAAGAAACUUUUCGCAGUGUGGUGAUAGGCGUUUUCAACGACUUCCUCGACGGAGACCUCGAAGUCAUUCGCACGCUCCUGAAAGCUAUCAAUGAUAUCAAUCCAGCCCUCAGUUUACGCGAGGAUGGUAUAAAUUCGGUUCUCCUGACUCUCCAGCGGAUCCGACAGCGCGCCUUGAGUAUGAAUCCUAGCGAACUUACUUUCAUAGAUUCUAAUCCUGUUGUAGCCUGUCGGACGUGCAUAUACGUGCUUCACAACGAACUCUGUCGUCUUCUGGAGAUCCAACACGCUCUUCGCCAACUGUCCUACUUUGAUCUUUUCGGUCGCUCUCGUCUCACCGUACGGCUCGCACGCAUUACCCUCCGUCUUCCCAUAGCCGUAGAAAAAGCCAUAACGGAUCAAAAUAUCGCUUACGGCGCCACAGACGCAGAUCAUGCUGCUGCCGCAAUACUCCCCAGUAAAGUCACCUUACUGAUCCGAGGUGUCGAUGUUGCUUUAGCAAGAAUGGAGAAGAUCCUAUAG